AUGCAUGCAGCCGGGAUCUCCGGAAGAGCCUCGCGUGCGCGCGGUGCAGCAAAGAACCCCAGCUUUCAGCCAGUGCUUCCUCCGCUGCCCAAACUGCUGUUCCUAUUGCUGCUGUUGCUCCUGUCACUGGUAAGCCGCGUCCUGGGACAGCCAGCUGUCCCCAGUCGGUCACUGCUGCCCCCAGGUAUCUCGGGGACAACGGGGGUCCCCGCUGAGGAAGCCAUAGUGCUGGCGAACCGCGGGCUCCGGGUGCCCUUCGGCCGUGAAGUAUGGCUGGAUCCGCUGCAUGACCUGGUGUUGCAGGUGCAGCCGGGGGAUCGCUGUGCUGUGGUCGUGCUAGACAACGACGCGCUGGCCCAGCGGCCCGGUCGCCUGAGUCCCCGACGUUUCCCGUGUGACUUCGGCCCUGGAGAGGUGCGCUACUCUCACCUGGGAGCCCGAAGCCCUUCGCGGGAUCGCAUCGGAUUGCAACUUCGCUACGACGCGCCGGGCGGGGCGGUGGUGCUACCCCUGGUGUUGGAGGUGGAAGUGGUCUUUACCCAGCUGGAGGUUGUGACUCGGAACUUGCCCCUUGUGGUGGAGGAGUUGCUGGGGACCAGCAAUGCCCUGGACGCGCGGAGCCUGGAGUUCUCCUACCACCCUGAGACAGAGGAGUGCCGUGUGGGCAUCCUGUCUGGCUUGAGCGCGCUGCCUCGCUACGGGGAACUCCUCCACUACCCGCAGGUCCCAAGCGCAGUUAGACAAGGGGCUGCUCUGGAACCUCUGUUGAUGGACUGCAAGGCUUUUCAGGAGCUAGGAGUGCGUUACCGCCACACAGCCACCAGCCGCUCACCAAACAGAGACUGGGUGCCUAUGGUGGUGGAGCUCCGCACCCGGGGAACCCCUGUAGGCAGUCCUGCUUUGAAACGUGAGCACUUCCAGGUGCUGGUGAGGAUUCGGGGAGGCGCCGAGAACACCACCCCCAAGCCCAGUUUUGUGGCUAUGAUGAUGAUGGAGGUAGAUCAGUUUGUACUGACCGCCCUGACCCCUGACAUGCUGGCAGCUGAGGAUGCCGAGUCUACUCCAGACCUGCUGGUCUUCAACCUCACUUCUCCAUUCCAGCCCGGCCAGGGCUACUUUGUGAGCACUGAUGACCGUAGCCUGCCCCUCUCCUCCUUCACUCAGAGGGAUCUGCACCUCCUAAAGAUCGCCUACCAGCCUCCUUCCGAGGACUCUGACCAGGAGCGUCUCUUUGAAUUGGAGCUGGAGGUAGUGGAUCCUGAAGGAGCAGCCUCAGACCCUUUUGCCUUCAUGGUCGUGGUGAAGCCCAUGAAUACACUGGCUCCAGUGGUAACCCGGAACUCUGGUCUCAUUCUUUAUGAGGGAAAGUCUCAGCCCCUCACAGGCCCUGCAGGGAGUGGGCCACAAAACUUGGUCAUCAGUGAUGAGGAUGAUCUAGAGGCUGUCCAGCUGGAGGUGGUUGCUGGGCUCCGGCAUGGGCAUCUUGUCCUUUUGGGUGUCUCCAGUGGUAACUCUGCCCCCAAGACCUUCACUGUGGCCCAGCUAGCAGCUGGUCAGGUAGUCUACCAGCAUGAUGACAAAGAUGGCUCACUAAGUGACAACCUGGUGCUUCGCAUGGUAGACGGAGGAGGCAGGCACCAGGUGCAGUUCCUGUUCCCCAUUACCUUAGUGCCUGUGGAUGACCAGUCACCUGUCCUCAAUGCCAACACAGGGCUGACAUUGGCAGAGGGUGAAACUGUGCCCAUCUUGCCCCUCACACUGAGUGCAACAGACAUGGACUCAGAUGACACUCUGCUGUUUUUUGUGCUGGAGGCCCCCUACUCGGCUACAGGGCAUCUGCUUCUCCGUCAGACUCAUCCUCCUCAUGAGCAGGAGGAGCUCAUCAGGGGCCCUUGGAGGAAGCAGGGAACAUUCUAUGAGCGCAUAGUGACAGAGUGGCAGCAGAGGGACAUACUAGAGGGCAGGUUGUUCUAUAGGCACUCCGGGCCCCAUAAUCCUGGGCCAGUCAUUGAUCAGAUCAUAUUCAGAGUCCAGGAUAACCAUGACCCCCCCAAUAAGUCUGGGCUACAGAGAUUUGUGAUACGAAUUCAUCCCGUGGAUCACCUCCCUCCAGAGCUGGGCAGUGGCUGUCCCCUACGGAUGGUGGUGCAGGAAUCCCAGCUAACACCACUGAGGAAGAAGUGGCUGCGAUACACUGACAUGGACACAGAUGACCGAGAACUACGUUACACAGUGACCCAACCACCAAUGGAUACUGAUGAAAACCACUUGCCAGCCCCUCUGGGGACCUUAGUCCUGGCUGACAAUCCCUCAGUUAUAGUGACCCAUUUUACCCAAGCCCAGAUCAACCACCACAAAAUUGCUUACAGGCCUCCAGAGCAAGAACUGGGAGUGGCUGCCCGAGUGGCCCAGUUUCAGUUCCAGGUAGAGGACCAAGCUGGAAAUGUGGCUCCAGGCACCUUCACCCUUUACUUGCAGCCAGUAGACAAUCAACCACCAGAGAUCCUCAACACAGGUUUCACAAUUCAGGAGAAGGGCCACCACAUCCUGACUGACACUGAGUUGCAUGCGACUGAUGUGGACACUGAUGUGGCCCACAUCUCUUUCACUCUCACGCAGGCUCCCAAGGAUGGCCACUUGCAAGUGUCUGGACAGAGACUGUAUGUGGGUGGGAUCUUCCACUUGGAAGACAUUAAGCAGGGCCGGAUUUCCUACACACAUCAUGGAUAUGAGUCUCUGACUGAUAGCUGCUCCUUAGAAGUCAGUGAUGGACACCAUGUGGUACCCAUCACUCUUAGAGUAAAUGUCCGGCCAGUGGAUGAUGAGGUGUCCAUGCUGAGCCUUCCUGCUGGCACACUGGGGACUUAUCUAGAUGUUUUGGAAAAUGGAGCUACUGAACUCACUGCCAGUAUUAUCAAGGGAACUGAUGAGAGCACUGAUGAUUUGAUGUUGACUUUCCUCUUGAAAGGUCCACCCUUGUAUGGGGAAAUCCGGGUCAAUGGAGUGCCUGCAGAGCAAUUUACCCAACGAGACAUCUUGGAGGGGUCUGUUGUCUAUGCUCACACUAGUGGUGAGAUAGGCCUGUUGCCCAAGGGCGACUCUUUUAACUUGAGUCUCUCAAAAACGUCUCAAGAGUGGAGAGUAGGUGGUAAUACAAUCCAAGGAGUUACUGUGUGGGUGACCAUCCUCCCUGUCGAUAACCAGUCUCCAGAAAUUUCUGUGGGUGAACAGUUUAUAGUUAUGGAAGGUGAAAAAGGUGUUAUAACCUCAACAUAUAUACGUGCUGAAGAUAAUGAUUCCCUGAACGAUGACAUCUUGUGUACCAUAGUUAUUCAGCCUACCUCAGGUUAUGUUGAGAACAUUUCUCCAGCACCAGGUUCUGAAAAAUCAAGAGCAGGAAUUGCCAUCAGUGCAUUUACCCUGAAAGAUCUCAGGCAAGGUCACAUUAACUAUGUCCAGAGUAUCCAUAAAGGGGUGGAGCCUGUGGAAGAUCGAUUUAUAUUCCGUUGUUCUGAUGGCAUUAACUUUUCAGAUAGACACAUUUUCCCCAUUGUUAUCGUUCCCAACAACGAUGAACAGCCUGAAAUAUUUAUGAGAGAAUUUAUGGUAAUGGAAGGCAUGAGUCUGGUAAUUGACACCCCUAUCCUCAAUGCUGCUGAUGCUGACAUACCCCCAGAUGAUUUAACUUUCACUAUUACCCAGUUUCCCAUUCAUGGUCACAUCAUGAACCAGCUAAUAAAUGGUACGGUUUUGGUUGAAAGUUUCACUUUGGACCAGAUAACAGAGAGUUCCAGCAUUAUUUAUGAACAUGAUGAUUCUGAAACCCAGCAAGACAGUUUUGUGAUUAAACUCACAGAUGGCAAGCAUUCCGUGGAAAAGAUGGUUCUCAUUAUGAUUAUCCCUGUUGAUGAUGAGACCCCCAGAAUGACCAUAAAUAAUGGACUAGAAAUAGAAAUUGGACAAACCAAAAUUAUUAGCAACAAGGUAUUAAUGGCCACUGAUUUGGAUUCUGAAGAUAAAUCCUUAGUUUAUAUUAUUCGCUAUGGUCCAGGACAUGGCUUCUUACAGAGACAAAAAGCAACAGGCGCCUUUGAAAAUAUAACAUUGGGUAUGAACUUUACCCAGGAUGAAGUGGACAGAAACUUAAUUCAGUAUGCCCAUUUUGGGCAAGAGGGCAUCCGGGACCUAAUUAAAUUUGAUGUGACUGAUGGAAUCAAUGCCCUCAUCGAUCGCUAUUUUUAUGUAUCUGUUGGCAGCAUUGAUAUUGUUUUCCCUGAUGUGGUAAGUAAAGGAGUGUCUUUGAAGGAAGGUGGUAAAGUGACCCUUACUACAGACCUACUAAGUACAAGUGACUUGAACAGUCCUGAUGAAAAUCUUGUUUUUACCAUCACCAGAGCUCCCAUGAAAGGUCACUUAGAGUGCACAGAUCAGCCUGGGGUGUCUAUCUUGUCUUUCACUCAACUCCAACUUGCUGGCAGCAAGAUCUACUACAUCCACACAGCCAAGGAUGAGGUGAAGAUGGACAGUUUUGAGUUUGAGGUCACUGAUGGACGUAAUCCUGUCUUCCGGACAUUCCGUAUCUCCAUCAGUGAUGUGGACAACAAAAAGCCAGUGGUCACCAUCCACAACCUGGUUGUCAGUGAAAGUGAAAACAAGCUGAUCACUCCCUUUGAACUCACUGUUGAAGACAGAGAUACUCCUGACAAGCUGCUGAAAUUUACUGUCACUCAGGUGCCUGUUCAUGGCCAUCUCCUAUUCAACAAUACCAGACAUGUCAUGGUUUUUACGAAGCAAGACUUGAAUGAAAAUUUAAUCAGUUACAAACAUGAUGGCACCAAGUCAAGUGAAGAUAGCUUCUCUUUCACAGUGACCGAUGGCACUCAUACUGACUUCUAUGUCUUUCCGGAUGCAGUAUCGGAAACCAGGAGACCCCAAGUUAUGAGGAUCCAGGUCUUAGCUGUUGACAAUAGUGUGCCCCAAAUUGCAGUGAAUAAAGGUGCCUCUACACUUCGCACUCUGAAAAUUGGCCGUUUGGGGUUCAUGAUCACAAGCAAAGUAUUGAAAGUGGAGGACAGAGACAGCUUACAUGCUUCUCUUAGGUUUAUUGUGACAGAGACCCCUAAAUAUGGAUAUCUCUUCAACCUGGGCCAAGGCAACCACAGUGUCACUCAGUUUACACAAGCUGACAUCGAUGAUGCAAAAAUAUGCUACGUCUUAAGAGAAGGGGCUAAUGCUACAAGUGAUAUGUUCCAUUUUACAGUUGAAGAUAGUGGUGGAAACAAGUUAAUCAACCAACAUUUUCGUCUGAAUUGGGCAUGGAUCUCCUUUGAAAAGGAAUAUUACCUGAUCAAUGAGGACUCCAAAUUUCUAGAUGUUGUUCUUAAACGUAGAGGCUACUUGGGAGAAACCUCAUUUAUAAGUAUUGGCACAAGAGAUGGGACUGCAGAAACAGACAAGGACUUCAAGGGCAAAGCUCAGAAACAAGUGCAGUUCAACCCCGGCCAGAGCAGGGCCACAUGGAGAGUGCGGAUCAUAAGUGACAGCAAGCACGAGCAGUCUGAGACCUUCCACGUGGCGCUUUCCGAGCCGGUGCUGGCUGCGCUGGAAUUCCCCGCUGAGGCCACUGUGGAGAUCAUUGAUCCCGGAGAUGAGUCCACUGUAUUUAUUCCUCAAUCUGAAUAUUCCAUUGAAGAGGAUGUUGGAGAACUGUUCAUUCCCAUCAGGCGAAGUGGAGAUGUUAGUCAGGAACUGAUGGUAAUCUGUUACACACAACAAGGAACGGCCACUGGAACUGUCCCAACAUCGGUGCUGUCCUAUUCUGACUACAUAUCCAGACCUGAGGACCAUACCAGUGUUGUACAAUUUGACAAAGAUGAACGGGAGAAAAUGUGUCGGAUUGUUGUCAUUGAUGACUCCUUGUACGAAGAGAAGGAAACAUUCCAGGUCCUUCUGAGUAUGCCCAUGGGUGGUAGAAUUGGAUCAGCAUUUCCAGGGGCUCAGGUCACAAUUGUGCCCGACAAAGAUGAUGAACCAGCCUUCUACUUUGGCGAUGUGGAGUACUCUGUGGAGGAGUGUGCGGGCUUUGUGGAGGUGCAUGUGUGGAGGAUGGGCACCGACCUCUCCAGGCCAUCCAGUGUCACAGUGCGAUCACAGAAGACAGACCCUCCCUCUGCAGAUGCUGGAACAGACUAUGUGGGAAUCAGUCAUCAUUUAGAUUUUGCACCAGGAGUGAAUAUGCAGACUGUCCGUGUUACCAUUCUGGAUGAUCGUGGACAACCAAUGCUGGAGGGAAUUGAGAAAUUUGAACUGGUGCUUCGUAUGCCUAUGAAUGCUGCCCUUGGAGAGCCUAGCAAAGCCACCGUGUCCAUAAAUGACUCUGUUUCAGAUUUGCCCAAGAUGCAGUUUAAAGAGCAAAUGUAUACUGGCAAUGAAAAUGAUGAGCAGAUAGUUGCAGUCAUCCACAGGAGUGGAGAUGUACAGUACAGGUCAUCAGUGAGAUGCUACACACGGCAGGGAUCAGCACAAGUGAUGAGGGACUUUGAAGAACGCCCAAACACAGAUGUGUCCACCAUCACAUUCUACCCUGGUGAGACCGAAAAGCCCUGUAUCCUUGAGCUGAUGGAUGAUGAAUUCUAUGAGGAGGUAGAGGAACUCCGUCUGGUUCUAGGCACUCCACAAAGCAACUCUCCAUUUGGGGCUGCAAUUGGUGAACAAAAUGAAACUUUGAUAAGGAUCCGAGAUGAUGCUGACAAGACUGUUAUUAAAUUUGGGGAAAAUAAAUUUAGUGUCAGUGAACCCAGAGAAGCAGGACAAUCGGUGAUUAUAAAAAUUCCAGUGGUUCGCCAAGGAGACACUUCAAAAGUUUCCAUCGUAAGAGUCCACACCAAGGACGGAUCAGCCACUUCUGGAGAGGACUACCACCCUGUGUCAGAAGAAAUUGAGUUUAAAGAAGGAGAAACCCAGCACUUUGUUGAAAUUGAAGUCAUCUUCGAUGGGGUGAGAGAAAUGAGAGAGGCCUUCACCGUUCACCUGAAACCUGAUGAAAACAUGAUCGCUGAGACACAAGUGACCAAAGCUAUUGUGUACAUAGAAGAAAUGAACAGCAUGGCAGAUGUUACCUUUCCCUCUGUCCCUCAAGUUGUGUCCUUACUGAUGUAUGACGACAUCACCACAGCAAGAGAGCCUGCUGGGCCCGUGUCUGGCUACCCUGUUGUCUGUAUUACAGCUUGCAACCCCAAAUACCCAGAUUAUGACAAGACAGGCUCUAUCUGUGUGAGUGAGAACAUCAAUGACACUCUGACCCGGUACCGGUGGCUGACUAGUGCCCCCACCAGCUUUGACGGUGUGACCAGUCCCAUGAGAGAAGUGGACUUUGACACCUUUUUCACAUCAUCCAAGAUGAUCACUUUGGACUCCAUAUACUUUCAACCUGGCUCCAGGGUGCAGUGUGCUGCUCGAGCUGUGAACUCGGUUGGAGACGAAGGUCUGGAGCUGCUGAGCGCCAUUGUAACCAUUGGCAGAGAAGAAGGUCUGUGUCAGCCCCGCGUGCUAGGGAUCGUGGGGGCAGAACCGUUCUCGGCUCAAUUGCGCUACACAGGCCCCGAGGAGCCAGACUACACAAACCUCAUCAAGCUCACAGUCACUAUGCCACACAUAGAUGGCAUGUUGCCGGUGAUCUCCACCCGUGAGCUCUCCAACUUCGAGUUGACCCUGAGCCCAGAUGGCACCAGAGUUGGGAACCACAAGUGCUCCAAUCUCCUGGAUUAUACAGAAGUGAAGACUCAACAUGGUUUCUUGACUGAUGCCACGAAAAACCCAGAAAUCAUUGGGGAGAUGUAUCCUUAUCAGUACAGUUCAUCUCUCAGGGGUUCCAGUACCUUACGCUUCUACCGAAACCUGAACCUGGAGGCCUGUUUAUGGGAGUUUGUCAGCUACUAUGACAUGUCUGAACUCCUCACUGACUGUGGGGGUACCAUUGGAACAGAUGGACAGGUACUGAACCUGGUUCAGUCAUACGUGACCCUUCGAGUUCCACUGUACGUCUCCUACGUGUUCCAUUCUCCUGUGGGGGUUGGAGGUUGGCAGCAUUUUGACCUGAAGUCAGAGCUCCGUCUGACUUUUGUGUAUGACACUGCCAUCUUGUGGAAUGAUGGGAUUGGCAGUCCACCAGAAGCUGAACUCCAAGGUUCUCUUUAUCCAACCAGCAUGCGUCUCAGUGAAGAGGGACGCUUGGUCGUGAACUUCAAGACAGAGGCUCAGUUCCACGGCCUAUUUGUGCUGUCACAUCCCGCAUCUUUCAUAAGCUCAGUGAUUGUGUCAGCUGAUCACCCAGCUCUCACAUUCUCCCUGCGCCUCAUAAGGAGUGAGCCAACCUACAACCAGCCCAUCCAGCAGUGGAGCUUCGUGUCCGACUUUGCAGUCCGGGACUACUCGGGGAGCUAUACUGUGAAGCUGCUGCCAUGCACCACUCCACCGCACCAGGAGCAUCGCCUGCCGGUCAUCUGCAACCCGAGGGACCCGGUCACCUUUGACCUGGACAUCCGAUUCCAGCAGGUGAGUGACCCAGUGGCAGCUGAGUUCAGCUUAAACACCCACAUGUACCUACUCUCCAAGAAGACUCUCUGGUUGUCAGAUGGAUCCAUGGGAUUUGGACAAGAGAGUGAUGUUGCUUUUGCAGAAGGUGAUACAAUUUAUGGCCGUGUGAUGGUAGAUCCUGUGCAGAAUUUAGGUGAUUCCUUUCACUGCAGCAUUGAGAAGGUGUUCCUGUGCACUGGAUCUGAUGGAUACGUCCCCAAGUACAGCCCUAUAAAUGCAGAAUAUGGCUGCUUAGCUGACUCUCCUUCACUCUUAUAUAGAUUCAAAAUUGUGGACAAAGCUCAACCGGAGACCCAAGCCACCAGCUUUGGAAAUGUCCUGUUUAAUGCUAAGCUGGCAGUGGAUGACCCAGAAGCCAUCCUCUUAGUGAAUCAGCCUGGAUCAGAUGGAUUUAAAUUUGACUCAACACCACUCUUUCAGGUGUCUCUUGGUAGAGAAUGGUACAUACAUGCGAUCUAUACAGUCAGAUCCAAAGACAACACCAAUCGAGGUCUUGGCAAAAGAAGUGUGGAGUACCAGUACCAUUCCCUCAGGAGCUCUGGGAUGCCCCAAGCAUCUACCAAGAGCCAGAAGCAUAGGGCGCUCAGGAGCACACCUCUACUGGCGUGGGAAAUCGGUGCUAAAAAUAACCGAGGUACAAAUAUCCAGCACAUCGCCCUGGCCCACACGGACAAGAAGCAGACCCCUCAGGGCAAGGCUCCCCCUGAUGGCAUCCUCCCUAGAGAGCUCAGCCACCACAGUGCUGACAUCAGUCUGGUCACAAUCAUUGGAGGAGUCACAGUGGGGCUGCUCACCAUCUGCCUAACUGGCAUUGCCAUGAUGAUGUACAGAAGCAAAGAGAAACCCAAGAGGAAGGAUGCCCCCAGUGCCUCAGGCAGCAGUGAGCCGAUGAUGCCUCCACAGAGCCACAACAGUGACAGCUCAGAAGUUUGA